AUCCUGUGUUGCACAGUCUGCUGUUGAAAGUGAAGUGGAAAUGUCUCCUUCUGCCUCUUUCUUCUUCCUCCUGGUGCUUCCCUGGGUUGGAGCUGAUGUGUUCAUGAGCUCUUCCAGGGCCCACAUGCUGCUGCACCGCUCCAGGAGGGCCAACAGUGGGUACCUGGAGGAGCUGAAACAGGGUAACCUGGAGCGAGAGUGCAUGGAGGAGAUGUGUAAUCACGAGGAAGCCAGGGAAGUGUUUGAGGACGAUAUCAAGACGGAAGCGUUUUGGACAAGCUACAUUGGUAGUCAUCCGUGUGACGCAAAUCCAUGUCUCAACAAUGGAAGCUGUAUUUAUUUUGAAAAAAUGUACCUAUGCCAGUGUCUUGACGGCUUUGAGGGGAAACACUGCCAAGAAGCCUUUAAGGACACCCUGCAGUGCCGGUAUCUGAAUGGAGGCUGUGAGCACUUCUGCGAGGCUAAAGGGCACCAACACAAGUGCGAGUGUGCUGAGGGCUAUACUCUUGGAAACGAUGGGAAGAAGUGCAACCCUCAAGUGCAGUAUCCCUGUGGUAAAAUAGCUGUCUCAGAGCUGACAAAACAUCAAACUGACAGACCAGAUCUUAGGAUUGUGGCUGGGGACCAAUGUCUCAAAGGGCAUUGUCCAUGGCAGGUUCUGCUGGAGCACAAAGGAAAGAGUCUUUGUGGCGGGGCCAUAAUUAACACUGAAUGGGUGAUCACCGCUGCUCACUGCUUGAGCAAUCGAAACGUCAAGGAUCUCAAAGUGGUAGCAGGGGAGCAUAACUUGGACUUGGAGGAGGGAUCAGAGCAGCGGAUUCCCGUUAAGCAGGCAGUUACUCAUGAGCAUUACAAUGUGACAACAGGUGACAGCGACAUUGCCCUGUUACGCCUGGAGAGCCCCAUUACGCUGUCACCUUAUGCUGUGCCAGUGUGCCUCCCGCACCGUAAAUUUUCAGAGACAGAGCUGUCAGCAGUGCGCUUCUCCACUGUUAGUGGCUGGGGCAGCCGCACCGAGGGGGGCAACAUGUGGCCCGGUGCUUCUUCUUCCACACUGGCCUCGCCUAUCCUGCGCAAACUGCUAGUGCCUGUGUUGUCCUCUGAAGAGUGUGCAUUGAAGAGUGGGAUCAACCUCACGAGUAACAUGUUCUGUGCUGGCUACUUUGAGGGGAGCAGCCAGGGCGCCUGUAGGGGGGAUGACGGGAGCCCCCUGGUCACACAGUACAAGGACACGGUCUUCCUCACUGGUCUUGUGGGUUGGGGAAGAGGCUGCGCCCAUCCAGGGUACUAUGAGAUAUUUACCAAGGUGUCAAACUUCCUGGACUGGUUGAAGGAGAAGAUGAACACCAACACUGGCAUCCUACAGCAGAAUGAAGAAUUUCCUAUGUUUGACUUGGAGCAUGCACUAGAGCGCAGGAGUGUACUCGGGGCUUGAGGAUUAGCCUUGGUUUCAGGAGUAGUCUACAGGACACAACACUGAGAUGCAGAUUCAAAUGAUUUUUAAAAAGU